AAAAAUACCAUAUUUUUUUAUUCAAUAAGAUUUGGAUAAUAUAUUUUACUUUAGUGGUACGACCAACCCACGUGAAUGCAUGCAUGUAUUUAAAGAAAAGGCUUGCUAAUCGAAUAGUUAAUAAAUUAAUUAAUUUAGAUGUUUAAUAUGCUUUAAUAUUAUUUGUUUUUCAUUUUGAGCAGUUGGCUGGGUCGGGGGCCCUACAGUGUCGUUCCCGAAUAGACUGUCCUCCUACCUUGACUCUCUAUUUAUAUAUAUCAAGAACCAAACAUGGAGAAGCCCCAAACACAAACCAGAAACAGGAAAAAGAGACUGACACAAGGGCAAAUCAGUGUGUUGGAGAAGAGUUUCGUGAUGAACAAGAAACUGGAGCCGGAGCUUAAGCAUCAACUGGCCAGCCAGUUGGGUUUGCCACCGAGACAAGUCGCUGUCUGGUUCCAGAAUAAACGGGCAAGGUGCAAGACCCAGACCCUCGAGCUCCAGCACGGAGCCAUCAUGGAGAAGCUCGAAGCCGCUCUGGCCGACAAGAGAAGGCUUGAACGUGAGGUUAAGUUUCUGCAAGAAGAGCUGAGGAAAUCGAGGGAUCAACUCUCGAGGCCGAUGACGAAAAACGGCCAUCUUGAUCAUCGAACCGCUUCUCCGGUGGAUGAUUCUAACUGUUCGGGUGAUUGUUUCGCCGGUAAUGAUCAUCAGGUCAUGGGGUUGGACGAGCUUUACGCUUGUUUGAUCACCAGUGGACAUGGAUCUACUUCAGCCUCAUGGAUUUGACCGAACCGGGACAAGAUUUUGGUUCUUGUCUCAGUUAUGUUUCAUGAUGUUCUUUCAGUUGUCCUUCUGAGUCAUGUCAGAAGAGAUUUAUCAUCUGGAACUAAAGUCCUUUGAUAGAUCUGUAGUUUGUGUGAACAAAACCCUUUCUUCAUUCACUGCUCGUAUAGGAGAUUCCACGUUGUGAAACACGAGCUGGAAACCAUCGAUAUACGAUUGCGUUGUUGUUCAUAGGUAUUGAUGUAUUUCUCUGAUUCUACGACAUAGAGUAGCUGAAUGUAUUGGUGAAAACCCUAGAUAUGUCAAUGUGGAAACCAGAAACAA